AUGACUCGUGCUGCCACUCUGGCUGUCAAAAGUGUCAAUGAAGCAGGACUGUUCAGAGCAUACAGUAGUAGAAGACAGACAUCAAAAUGGUUGUCAUAAUUGAGGAUAAGCCUGCUUUCGACAAUGCUCUGAAAAACGCCGGGAACAAGUUGGUGGUGGUGGACUUCACAGCCACAUGGUGUGGGCCCUGCCAGAACAUCGCUCCAUUCUUUAAAGCGCUGUCUGAAAAAGAAGAGAACAAAAAUGUGGUGUUUCUAAAGGUGGAUGUGGAUGAUGCACAGGAUGUGGCCACUUACUGUGACAUUAAAUGUAUGCCAACAUUCCAUUUCUACAAGAAUGGAAAGAAGAUUGAUGACUUUUCUGGAUCAAACCAAUCUAAGCUGGAAGAGAAGAUCAAUAUGCAUAAAUGAAGAAAAAAAGAACACACAUAACAAACACACAAACCAACCAACCGUUUUUAACUAAAUACACAUAAUAGGUGUAUUUGAAGCUAAACACACAAUAGGUUUUCUGAUAUUGAUUCUAGAAAUUUAAAUCAAGUAAAACAACAUCAUUCUCAUCCUUUAAUUCUAUGACAGCUACAAAAACCAAAACUAUGGUAAUACAUUCCUCAAAGACUUUUUUGUUAAAUAUUUUGGCCUUCAACAAUGGGUGCCUCUAAUGUAUUGUAUGUUGGUUUUGUAUGAAA